UUGCCAUGAAAUCAAAACAACCCAUUUGUUUCUUUUCUUUUUCUUAUCUAGUCGAACUUUGAACGCCCGUUGCGGGCGCUGCUCGAAUAAUGUAAAUAUAACUAAGGCGCUAAAUUAAAAGUGUAGCAUGGACUUUCGUAACGCCCGCGCCCGUCAACCGGAAAUCGUGCGCUCCGUUCAAAAGGAUGCACGUUACACCAACGAAUUGGCCGAGGACUUGUCAGAUAUAUUGCGAAUAACCGGGCCACGCAACUGGAUCAAGUAUAAUCAGUUAUGCCAGCUGUUAGCUCAGUUAAGUUACCAUGGCUUCGCCUCUGUCAAUAACCUACAAACGUUGGGUGAGGAAUACACAGGCAUCAUACAAGUGGAUGGCAACUACAAGCAAAUUCCCAGUCGACUGCUUCAACUGAUGGCCAUUAUACUAGAAUUUGGUGGAGAUGCGUUGUUCUUACGUCUGCUGCAAAAACUGGAACUCUACAUAGCUGAGCACCAAGAGAUUGUGCCGGAUGCCAAGAAGAAGCUGCAACACCUCAUUCAGCGCAUGCGACAAUCGCCCAGUUACAUAAAGGCGUUGCACAAAUCUCUAUUCUAUCUGGACGCCAGCAAAUAUCAGCUGUCCAAGCGCACCACAGGCAUCAACUAUGUGCUAAUCCGGCACUGGUUGCAGCCUGAGUUUUCGCUGUAUGGCUACAAAAUAUUGGGCAUCAUUACAUUCCUGCAAGUGACCGUAUCGCUGGCCAUUGGUGGCUGGGAGGCGUGGAAAGAGCACAAGCGCCAGCAACUGGAGGCCAUCAAGCAGGCCGGAAAACGUUUUCUACAGCGCGAGUCGAGUGUCAAGUCUUCAGCUGGAGAUGCUCCUCAGUGUAUUCUUUGCAUGGAGCCGCGACAAAAUAACAGUCUAACGCCGUGUGGUCAUCUCUUCUGCUGGAGUUGCAUACUCGAAUGGCUGGAGGAACGUGACGAGUGUCCGUUGUGCCGUGAAUCGCUGAAAAAGUCGCAGGUCAUUCAACUGCAGAAUUAUGCCUAGGAAAAUUACGAUUUUAGGUAUCUUUUGAUGCCCACUUUCUGAUUUAACAUCAUGGAUUAUCUACAUCCCUUAGUAUGCUUGAGAAGUGUGGGCAUUUCGGGGGAUCAUCUUCAUUCCUUAAUAAUCCUAUAACAGGCAAUUCUUGAAUUCCUUUGAGCUCUU